AACGCCAUAGUAUAAGACGGUAACAGGUUUUGAAAGACAGAAGCUAAAAGAACAUCGCUGAAUCGAAAAUGGAGGACGAGACGUUCGAUCCUGAUUUAAUUCUGGCCAUUUUCAAAACGAUUUGGACCAGAAGAUCGCUCGAGCGCGAAAGAAAUGAAGCAGCUAAUGCAAUGGACUGCGAGGUAGGAGCUGGAACAUCUAAGAAGUUUCGGCCUACUGCUGCUAAUAAUCAUGCGCUGAAGUUGAGUAGCGAGCUUCUCCGAAUUUUUGUCUCAGAGGCUGUGCAGCGUGCUGCUACAAUUGCCGAAGCAGAGGGAGUCAGUAAGAUUGAAGCAACUCACUUGGAAAGGAUUCUUCCUCAGUUACUUCUGGAUUUUUAGAAUAUUGCAGGCAGUAAAGACAUGCAGUUCUCUUUGUUCUGCAUUAUCUCAAGCAAUUUAGGCUAAAGGUACGAACAAUUCGUGAAAUUUGAUUUAAUAAGAUGGAUUUGUUCAAAGGAACAGUUUUCAGAUGAUCGGUUGUUCUAGUCAGAAAUCUUGUACAUGUUAAAAUAUGAUACGAAGUAGAAGUAGUGCUGAAUUAAGUUGGUUCCUUUAGAAGGAGCUCUUUUACUUUUUGAGAUGGUAAUGCCACUGAUAAGUAAGAACAUCAUUAUGAAUAGACUUUUAUAGUUAGUGAGACGAAUACAAUCUUCCAACACUCCUCA